GGGCAAGGCAGGGCACGAGGGGGCGGUGGGGGGAGGUGCAAUGUGGCGGACUCCGUGAGAGUGGCGGGGCAGCGUGGCACUAGUGUCAGCCUGGACGGUGGUGGUGUGCCAGUGUGGCGGCAGCGGAGGAUGUACGGAGCCUCUGUUAGUGGCGGCGAGUGGUGGCGGUGGAGUGCGGGUUGAGAGCUCUGAGGCACGGCGCGAGGAAUAGUGCGUGUGUACAUGCGUUGGUGUGGUGGUGCGUAUUGUGGCGUGUGAUCUUUACUGUGGAACCCAAGCUAUUCUUACUACAGCUGUCUAGUAAUAUUGUGGAGAUAAAAAAAAAAAAAAAAGCGGGUGCUUGUUUGGUGAAUGAAAUGGCAAACCUCGCAAUGUUAGCGAAGGGAUGCGGGUAGGACGUUGUGUGCACAUGGUUAUGUCAAGAGGCCGAUUUAAUGUGCAAUGCAGGUGACCAUCUGGCGGCGCGGACCCAUCUGUGGUGUGCUUCGUGUGUGGUGUGUGGCGUGCGGCGCGCAGGCCCCCACACCGUCCCACCCCUGGUCCCCAAUGAGCAGCUGAGGCCACGCAGCCCCGCACCGCCGAUGGGGGUCACAUAUCACUGAGGACUCCCACAACGCCAGACAGAUGAAGGAGUGAAAAGCAGUGUUUCCAUGUGACCCAGCACUCCUUAAGCGGCUGUCAUUUGUGAAUUUACUAAAUCUUGGUGUAUGAUAAAUAAACUGGUGUUUGUCAAGCACAUCAACAGACUGUCUCUAUCUGCCUGUCUUACCCCCCACCUCUCCCUCUCUCUCUCUCUCUCUCUCUCUCUCUCUCUCUCUCUCUCUCUCUCUCUCUCUCUCUCUCUCUCUCUCUCUCAACACACCGUUGUGCUAAAUAGUUUGCCUUGUCAAGGAAAAAUCUGGCGAAAAGUUUAUAUUUUGCAACGAACUUAAGCAAAGUUUUAUGGAAAUUACAAACUGCUUUGCAUGAAAGUUUUGCUUAGUGAUGGUUGACGGCCUUAACAGCUGAGAAAAAUGGAGCCACAGGAGGAGGAGCGACCGCCAGGGAAACAACCUAAGGAUGGAAGUGUGGCUGUGGAUCGCAAUGUGGUGGUGCGGGACCUGGACAAGACCAUCUACAGCCUCUUUUCAUACCUCUCCUCGCACUCCCCGAGUCCCCGCGGCGGCCUGCCUGCUGGGGGAGUGCCGGAGGGCGACGCAGACCUCUCGCCUUUCCGUCCCGUGGCUGGCGUGGAGGCAACGUCCAGGAGUCAUCUAAUAACGCCCCCAGGAAGCUUUCACGCCAUUUCCGGAGAUACUCCUCCUCCCUUACCUGAGCGAGGCCCGCCAAGUGAGGCCGCCUUCAAAGGAACCUCCACGGCCUCGCCCUCGCCUUCGCCUUCGCCUUCCCACUGGGUUGCAGGACACCACGGUAGCGCUAGGGACAGGAAGUCAUUGAUAAGUUCCAAGGCUUCUAGUGAUAUUGAACUCGUUAACCUGUGUAAGAGUGAACGUGUGCGGGACCCUGGGAUCCGCGGGAGUCUGCGGGACCGCACCAGCAGCCGUGAAGGACGGAACAGUGCGAGCAGUGGCGUGCCCGGUGGCCAGUGUCCCUCGAUCAAGAGGCCCAGGCGCGGCAACAAAGCGGGAUCAACACGGCAGCGAGGCUCAGGACAAAGCCAGCAGGACGACAAGGCGGAGAGUAAUGGCAGAGUGGCUAGCGCCUCGCACUCCCGGCCCCGGCAGGGCCCUGGAGCCAGGGUGCUUGACCACCACUACUCUGAAAUCGACAUCUACGAGGCAGCUAAUAACACCGGUAGCACCACCAGGACUGCCUCGGCCAGCCUCUCCACCAGCUCGGCGGAGGCAUCACCCCCGCCUGUACCUCCACAUCUCACAGGUGAGUGACGUCUUGUACAGCGGGGCGUGGGUGCUUCCUGCUCCCCAACCCGCUCCUUUCCUCUGUGUGAUGCUUACACUUUCCGUGGCUGUUGUGUGUCUUCUUGAUCUGUGUAGUUGUUCUGUGCUGUAUUCUUUAUACAUAUAUAUUUACA